AUUAAAGAAAGCAAAACCCAUUUCUUUGAACUCUCUGAGGGGUUCUGAUGAGAAUGAUAGGAUCAAGAAGCAGCAGCAGCAGCAGUGGUGGUGGUGGCGGCGGCGGCUGCGGCAGUGGAAGCAGUGGCGUUACGUGCUACAGAGGCCACUGGCGGCCGGCGGAGGACAAUAAACUCCGCCAGCUUGUUGAACAGUUUGGGCCUCAGAAUUGGAAUUACAUUGCUGAACAUUUUGAGGCUAGAUCUGGAAAAAGCUGUAGAUUGAGAUGGUAUAAUCAACUGGAUCCGAAUAUAAACAAGAACCCAUUUACGGAGGAAGAAGAAGAGAGGCUUUUAAUAUUUCAACGGCUUCACGGGAACAAAUGGGCGUUAAUAGCCCGACACUUCAAAGGAAGAACAGACAAUGCAGUGAAGAAUCACUACCAUGUUAUAAUGGCUAGAAGGAGAAGAGAACGUUUCACAAUAUUCACUAACAACAACAACAUCCUAAGGUCUCGUCAUUGCUUAUUGUCCUUUUCGAACGUCCUCCAAUCCUCCCAUCAGAAGAUGACCCCUAAAUGGAGUCCUCUCACGGCGGGUCCGAUGCUCGAAAAUGGCCGUGGGAAGUCGGUGGCGGCGGUGGCAUCGUCGGGUUCGGGUGAGAGAGAGGAAGAGAUGAAGGGGGAGAAGAAGAGGAGGAUUCCAUUUAUAGACUUUCUUGGUAUGGGAAGCUCUUAGUUUAGCAAAGUGAGAAUUUUGUUAUGGAGUGUGAGUUUCUCCUUGGUUGUCAAAUGUAAGAGCAAUAAUGAAUUUCCAACUAUAUUAUAUGAGAAAGAGAUUAUCAAUUAAUGUUU